UUUCCUAUUGUCAAACAGAGGUACAUUUACCAUUAAUUAUACAUUAUUUUAUUUGCAUACUUAAACUAGAAACAGUAAAUCAAUUUCUCUGAAAAGAAAAAAAAAACAAGUCACGAUGAAUAAGACAAAAUGAGAAAUCCACCGCAAAGAUACACAAGUAAAAAUAUGUACAAGACCCAAUGUAUUGCAUAUGAUAAAUAUUUGCAUGCUAUUUUCUAGAGGGUGAAAAAAUAUGAUAAAUUCAAUUAAAAAAGAUGAAAAAGAAAACAGCAUAACAUACCAGAUUUGAGUGGGAGAUUCUGUGCUUCUAAGUUAUUUAGGCAUGAGCGAGAUUUAUCCAUGUACCUGCAAAUAACACUACACCGGCUCUACAUGUUAUACACACUUCACACAGAAUCACGAUAUUGAACUAGUUCCUAUCAAGCACACAUUUCAUUUUGAUAGUGGGGUUCGGAGUAUACAACACUGACAAAAACUAUGGAAACAACAAAUGAGUUACAGAAAGACUAGAGUUGGGUGUAUUGUCCUUGGCGGUGCUUAUCCAGUUGGUAGGGACUAUUUAAGAAUAUGUAAGGAAGAUGUCUGAGUGAGAAAAAUGGGAAAUAAACUCUUCACCUCAGUCCCUCUGUAACUCAGUCCAGACUGUAGUUCAGCUCAGUCUACCAAGGUCUGGAUUGGCGUGAGUGGAUUCCAUCACUACAAUCAUUCAUCUUAUCAGGGCUCUAAAAGGACAUUCCACAGGAUGCGCAGCAACCUGGUGCCUCCCAUCCAUAAGUCCCUAGUCCUGAUCACUAUCCAAAGCGGCUAUCUGUGUGCACCAUGGCAGGUUUAACAUCUGUUAACAUCCCCAAGCUCACAAUAAACACGACUGAGUCUCUUAACUAGUACAAGACCUCGUCUUUAUCUGCAGUUAACAGAUACACUCCCCUCUCAGCGCUGUGGCACUGGAACCUCACUGCCUCUGAAGUGAUCAGUCUUCUUAAACCUGUGUGAGGGUCUCUACUUCUGAAGCCAGCGCUUUCCCUGGAAAGAAAGGGUACCAGUGGCUGCGCAGUCUUAAACUGCUGUUGUAAAACUGAGACCUACCUCUCUACAAUCAGGCUCCAUGGAGAUGGCAUGCUACAUAUAUUUAUUCAUCGGUCUUCAAGCUGCAUUUUCUGUUCUUGGCUGCCCAGAUGGGUGUAAGUGUUCAAAUCAGCGUGUCAUAUGUGAAGGAAAGGCAGUGACGCAGGUCCCGUCCCCAUUGCCUGUAGAUACACUUCGACUUGAUCUAAUCGGCACCCGAAUCCCAUCUCUGGAAGUGAGCACGUUCCAGGAUCCUCCUCCAGCUCUUACUGCACUUAAUGUAAACGGAAAUGAAUUCUCUCACAUCUCACCCGGUGCAUUCGACAGUCUAACUAACCUUCAGUAUCUUAUUUUAAAUUCAAAUCAACUGCGAGAGAUACCUUCUGGGCUGUUAAAUAAGCUUGUGAAUCUCGAGAGACUUAUGCUUUACAACAAUAAACUGCAGAAAAUCGACUCUGGCCUGUUUGCCACACUCUCUAAACUGAAAGACCUCCAACUCCAAGAAAAUGAGCUUAGUGCCAUACCAGAAGGAGCUUUCCACCACCUGGUCAGUCUCCAGAUGCUCCACCUUGGCAAGAACAACAUUACCCACCUUCCAGCCAACAUUUUCAAAACACUGACCAAGCUUCAAACCCUAAAACUUCCAGAUACCCAACUGAGGCAAAUUCCAGCCGGAAGCUUUGAUAACUUAAACCUGGUAGAACUUUAUUUACAAGAUAACCAUAUAGAACACCUGCACCAUGGUCUGUUUUCCAAGCUGCUGAACUUGAAGAAACUAUACCUAUCUAACAAUCAAAUAUCCGAACUGCCUGAAGGAAUCUUCCUUAAUUUGCCUAAUCUCACCAAAUUUACCCUUUUCGAAAAUCGAUUGACAGAUCUCCCCAGUGGCGUAUUUGGUCCCAUGCCCCACCUCAGGGAUCUUUGGCUAUAUGACAACAAAUUAGUUCAUAUUUCAGACAACGUGUUUAGCAACUUAACCAAUUUGGAAUUACUGAUCUUGAGCAGAAACCACAUCAGCAGCAUCUCCAAAGACGCAUUCAGCGGCUUGAACAAACUUGCUGAAGUAUCUCUGCACACUAACAAGCUGACCAGCUUGGAUAAAGGCACAUUCCGAGGCAUGGACAAGCUCCAGAACAUCUCUCUCCAAAACAAUCACCUGCGGUCACUGCCACGAAACCUGUUCAGAAACCUUUCUAAAUUAACGGAGGUCCAGCUUCAAAAUAAUUCCCUUGAGAGCCUUCCACAGGAGCUGUUGAACUCCUUUGAGCCACUGGCCAAAGUGAAUCUCUGCAAUAACCCCUGGAAGUGCGAUGAGAAUAUUGUUCCUCUCAGAAACUGGAUGAUAUUGCACCAGUCCAAGGUGCUCAAUAUCAGCCAAGUUACAUGCUAUAGCCCUCAUUCCCUGAGGGGUAUUCUUAUUACAAGCUUAACAGAUGACCAGUUGAAGACAAGCCAGGAAGAACAUGCUACUAACACAGAAAGGACUACAGUGCAAGAUACCACUAGAGACACAAGUCGCAGUGUGACAUCCACCUCUUUCCACCCACAGACAACCAGAUCCUCUCCCACCUUGAAAACCUACCCCUCUCCCUCACUGAAAACCACACCCACCACCUCAAACAAAGGUGAAGACACAGAGGAUGACCAUGGGCAGAAUAAGGGCCUCAAGAAAGAGGUCCUGAUCACAAUCACCGUGCUGGUCUGUACCGUUCUCAUCUCUGCUGUGAUCAUCUCCGUAAUAUGCCGGUGUAACAGAAGACGCUCUGGUGCUGAAAUAACCCAGGUGACCAAAAGGAAUGCAGUCAUUUAAAAAAAGAAAUUAAUAAAUUUAUAUACAUAUACUUGAGAUGAUGAAGGUACAGUUGAUUUCAGAGAGACAUUAUACAAGAUAAAACUGUUUCACCCACUGGUCCACUACAGGUAAGCUUUGGAAACCCUUCAU